GUCCGGAGUGAGUUUAAUCGUGACGUUUUGAUACGUUUUCUAUAGUUUUUUGACGUUUAAGAAGACACCAUCGCUGUGGAUCUGUUACGAUGCAGCAACCAAUGAACCAGGCGGAGCCCAUAGGGGGUCAGCAGGCAAUGCAGCAGCAGAUGGUACUGUGUCCGGUUCGGUUCGUGUAUGAGACACAAGUACUGGUCCAGCCUGGAGAUCAGAUCCAGCCAAACCAGACUUUCUUCAUCAACCCACAGAACCCACCACCAUGGAUGAACAGGCCGGCACCGAACCCAGUAGUAUACGUCCAACAGCUGCCCAACAACGUAGUGCACCAGGUCCAACCACAGAUAGACCAGAACCAACUGUACCUCCAACAAAACUUCGCCAACUUCCAACUCCAACAGCACAUGUUGGCCCAAAACCACCAAUCAUCAAAUCAAACUAUGCAAAUAGCCAACAUUGUGCCAAAUAUGGUGCAGUCUGUUCAACCAAGUAUACAGCCUAACGAUAGAAACAUUACAGCGACACCAAACCCAACACAGAUACAAACAAACACACAGAUGAUACAGAAUCAAAUGAAUGUACAGAGACAGGUACAAAACCAGCCACAAGCCGUUGACGUCCAAAGACAAGUUUACAUGAAUGUAAGACCACAAAUGAACCAACAAAUGAACAUGGCAAGGCCUGUCAUGUCUCUAAACCAGAUACAGAACAUGCAAGCCAUGGCCAACAUGCAAAACCUACAGAUACAACAAGCGAAUGCUGGCCAAACGUUUGUGCAAAACAUUGGGCCAAGAAUGGCGCAAAACGUGAAUCCCGUUAGGCCACAGAUUAUGGGUGGUAACAAUGUGAUGAAUUUGCAAAAUGUACAAACUAUACAAAAUGUGCAAAAUGUACAAAAUGUUCAAAAUAUUCAAAAUGUUCAAAAUCUACAAAACGUACAAAAUAUUGGCAUGAAACCUCCGCAGCCACCGUCAGAAGCAAACAAAGUGAUGAAUAACGCUGGCACAGCACAGCCUGCCGUAAGAAAUUUUGCUCAAAACUACAACUGCCGACCUAUACAGCCGAGACGUAGGUUCGAGAGCCCAAAUGUACCUAAAAUGCAACCACAACCAAAUAUACCAGUACAACAACCGCUCCACAUACCGGUACAGCCACCGCCACCACCAACACAGUAUAACCAGGAGAAAGUAAACAGUCACACAGUAGUAACAAAUAUAGCGGCUAAUACGAACUUCUUAAAUAAUCCAAAUAUUAGUAGAAAAAGAAAAAGCGAAUCUCCAGAUGAAAUAGAAAAUAAAAUGGCACCGCCACCUCCACCUAAACCAAUAUACAAGAAUGUACAACAGGGUAUUACUAUCACUAAGAUAUCUAAUGAAAUAGGUACGAACACAAGUCCUCAGCAUAGUAAAACUAAUGCAAAUAAUGUUAAAGUAAAUAGUACUGUUGUUCAAAUGGCACCCGCCCCACAGAUGAUGGUGGUAGAAGCACCAGAAACGUCAGACGCUAAUAAGAAAACUAUAAAUGAUACAAGGACUGUGAUAGCUCCUGUAACUGAGAGCGAUAAACUUAUUAGAAACACAGUGUUCACUCAAGCUCGAGGUAGAGUUUUACAAGACAAAAUUAACGAUACUUUACCAGUACAACAAAUUGUAGAAAAUAAAACACCAGAAAGUGUUCAAAAUGCGACUGAAAUAAGGACUGAUAAUGAGGUACAGACUGAUAAAGAUGCGGUAAUGACUGAACCGCCAGUUGAAAAGGUUCAGCCUGAAAAAGCUGUGAGCAUACCAAUGACUGAAACUCAAAAAGUUGAUGUAAAUAUUACUACAGAAAAGAAAGUUAGUGAAGUUAAAAAUGAUAUUUCGAAAGAUAUUGUUAAGAGAGAGGAAGAAAAUAAGAGUCCUGAUAUUCAGGAAGGAAAGUUAGUUAUAGAUGAAUCGAAAGAUCAAAUAACUGAAAUUAAGGAUGAGAAGAUGGACAUUCCUGAAAGAUAUCCACAGAAACAAGAUAUACUGACUCAUGUAGUUGAUGGUUAUGUUAUUCAAGAAUCGAAUUUCGCUUUUCCGAUAAGAAAACCUCUCAUCGAGAAAACUCUACACGCUAAUCUAAAAGCUGAAAGUGAAGCAACGGAUGCCUUGAAAGAAUGUAUGAAAGAAGAGAUGAAGAAUCCUGAAGUUGACGGACAAUUGUUACCGUUCCACUAUCUCCUUCUCCAUUGCGAGAAGAAGAAAGAAGAAGAGGAUAAAGAGGAUGUCAAGCAGACGAACCCGUUUGCUGAUUUACAGCAUAACACGGUUAAGUCUUGGACGGUGGAAGAUCUCUCAAGCCACCUAAUGAAAUUCGAUUGGAAGGAGACUGUAUCAGUAUUCCAAGACCAUGAAAUCGAUGGAGAAUCUUUAUUCUUAGUUUCAAAGAACCAACUAGUCAGUAUAGGAGUUACGGAGGAAAAUGCAGACGUUAUCUGCGCAUUCGUCAGAAGCUGAUCAUCAGAUAAUCGGGAGGAAUCGAUCCUAAUCGAUUACGAUUGGGAAAUAAAAUCGAAUUUCAUCCGAGUACAUACUAACAAUCGUUCCUCUCACAAUCGAGUCAACAAUCGUUCAUAUUACAAUAGAUACUCUAGAAAAUCUGUCUUAAAACAAUCGAGAGCCGGUAAUCGUUCGUUUUAUAAUCGAUUUGUGAAAGAUAAAAGAUACAUCAAUGCUUUUAGUAAACCAGAAUUUGGUUUUGGUUUGAUUAAUCCAAAGAAUACGAGGAAUUCUUCGACAGUUGAUAUAUUAAAUAGAGAUAUAGAUACUAAUAUUUAUGCAGAUAUACAUGUACAGAUUCCAAAAACAUACAACUAUAGACUUAAGCAAAGUACAAUAAGACACAAAAUCACUCAAAAAGCAGCCACACAGAAUUCAGGUAAUAGAAAUAUACAACAAGGAGAAAAUUUUGAUAAAGACAUAGCAACAGCUGAGAGUAAUAUUGAAAAACUGAAAAAGGUUAUCGAACGCUUGGAAAGGAAUGAUGUUAUUGUGACGGAGAUUCAAGAAAAUAACGAUGGCAACCAGAAUAAGGUCGAGGCAAAUGAUAAAAUUACCGAACACGAUCACUUUACAGAAGAAAAACCUGUGUGUAAAGACGCUUAUGUAAAUUUGAAGCGACUUUUGCUACAGAACUAUAUAGUGCCAGCAAAUAAUAAUAAUUGUUAUAACAAUAGCAAUGAAUUUAACGAUGAACCAUUAAAUGUAUAUGAAAAUACAGCGUCUAACAGUAACGAAACAAAACUUGAGGAACCUGGAAAAGUAAUCAUAGAAAUUAACACUGGAAACUACAAAGAAAGUGCUCAUAAUAAAAUAACUAUUAAAGGAAAUGACAAUGCAUCAGAAAUAGUUUUCAAAGAAGCUUACGUUAAUUUGAGACGUCUAUUAUUAGAUAAAUAUAACACAGAUGAUGCUAAUAUCAAUGAAGAUAGAACAUCAAAUGUAGAAGAAAAUAUUGAAACAAAUAAUAACGAAAGAGCUUAUAGCAAUAAAAAAGUUAACAAAAUAAAAGCUAAUGAAACAAUCGACAUUGGUGAAAGAGAAAUAAUAGCUGCGCAAAAUUUGGAAUCAACGAUAA